ACGGUUACAGGCAUGGUUAAAUUUAGCAAGACAAUGGCAGGGCAGCAAACUACCUACGUACCAUAGGUCCAUAGCCAGCUCGCGCGCGCGCGCACGAUCGGGCACACACGACCCAGCCAGACUUCCUCUCCGCCGCGCUCUCUCCUCCACCUCCUCCUGACCUCGCAAGGCGAAGCCGAGAAACGCCCGCCGCUGCCGUCACCGUCGCCGUCGACCACCGCAAUGUGGUCGCCGUGGACCAGCCGGAAGCCAGCACCCGGGCGGCUCACGCAGUCAACGUCCUUCUCCUCAUCCGUCACUUCAUCGUCCAAGGACCACAAUGGCAUCGUCGCCGUCCUCGACGACGACGCGCCGCCCGCGGGCGCCGGCGGCUCGGGCAAGAUCGUCCUCCACCGCGUGCGGUCGUCGAACAAGCUGCGGGCGUGCAAGUCGUUCGCGGCGGCGUCGGAUGCCGCCGCGGCGUCGGUAGCGGGCGAGCGGCGCGUCGUGCUCUACUUCACCUCCCUCCGCGCCGUGCGGCCCACGUUCGAGGCCUGCCGCGACGUCCGAGCCAUCCUGCGCGGCCUCCGCGUCGGCGUCGACGAGCGGGACGUGUCCAUGGACGCGGCGUUCCUCGGCGAGCUCCGCGCGCUGAUGCGGCGGGACCGGCCGGCGCUGCCGCAGCUCUUCGUCGCCGGCCGCCUCGUCGGCGACGCGGACGACGUGCGCGCCCUGCACGAGAGCGGGGAGCUCCGGCGCGUCGUGGCCGGGGCGCCGCUGCUGCCACCCACGCCGUGCGCGUCCUGCGGCGGCUCGCGCUUCUCCCCGUGCGGCGCCUGCGGCGGCAGCCAUCGCCGGUUCAGCGAGAAGACCGGGGGAUUCCGCGUCUGCACGGCGUGCAACGAGAACGGCCUCGUCCGGUGUACUGCAUGCUGCUCCGGCGGUUGACGCUCGCCCUCACAUCUCGGAGGCGACCAUAGAUACUUGCGCGCGGAAAUGGAAAUGCUGGCUUAUCUCGAUAUGCAAAUGUGCCUCAUUUUGAAAUCCAAGGAUUUGUUCGACAAA